AUGACGAAAAAUACGACAUGUGGAUUUCUUUUCUGUUUCUCCACCGCCGCAAUUCUCCCCUUUUGUUUAUCCUCUGCCCCCUUCUUUCUUUUCCAUCUUCUUUUUUCCUCUUUGGUGUUUUCCUUUUCCCUCUUUGGUGUUUUCCUUUUCCCUCUUUGGUGUUUUCCUUUUCCCUCUUUGGUGUUUUCCUUUUCCCUCUUUGGUGUUUUCCUUUUCCCUCUUUGGUGUUUUCCUUUUCCCUCUUUGGUGUUUUCCUUUUCCCUCUUUGGUGUUUCCUUUUUCCUCUUUGGUUUUCCUUUUCCCUCUUUGGUGUUUUCCUUUUCCCUCUUUGGUGUUUUCCUUCUUUGGUGUUUUUUUUCCCUCUUUGGUGUUUUCCUUUUCCCUCUUUGGUUUUUCCUUUUCCCUCUUUGGUGUUUUCCUUUUCCCUCUUUGGUGUUUUCCUUUUCCCUCUUUGGUGUUUUUUCCUUUUCCCUCUUUGGUGUUUUUUUCCUUUUCCCUUUUUGGUGUUUUCCUUUUCCCCUCUCUUUGGUGUUUUUCCUUUUCCCUCUUUGGUGUUUUCCUUUUCCCUCUUUGGUGUUUUCCUUUUCCCUCUUUGGUGUUUUCCUUUUCCCUCUUUGUUUUUCUUUCCACUUUUUGUCUUUUUUCUUUUUUGUCUUUUUUCUUUUUUUUCUUUUCUUUAUUUUUUUUCUUUUCUUUAUUUUUUUUCUUUUCUUUAUUUUUUUCUUUUCUUUAUUUUUUUCUUUUCUUUAUUUUUUUUCUUUUCUUUCUUUUUUUCUUUUUCUUUUUCUUUUUUUUUUUCUUUUUUUUCUUUCUUCUUUUUCUUUUCUUUUCUUUUUUCUUUUUCUUCUUUUUCUUUCUUCUGUUUUUCUUUCUUCUGUUUUUCUUUCUUCUGUUUUUCUUUCUUCUGUUUUUCUUUCUUCUUCUUUUUUUUUUCUUUUCUUCUUUUUUUCUUUUCUUCUUUUUUUUUUUCUUUUUCUUUUUUUCUUUUUUCUUUUUCCUUUUUUUUUUUUUUUUCUUUUCUUCCUUUUUUCUUUUCUUCUUUUUUUCUUUUCUUCCUUUUUUUCUUUUCUUCCUUUUUUUCUUUUCUUCCUUUUUUUCUUUUCUUCCUUUUUUUUUUUUCUUCCUUACUUCCUGUCACCUCCCUCAAGGUGGGCAUCUGCAGUCUGGUGUCUUGAGGACCACAUGAUUGUCUUUGGAGGACGUGACCAAAAUUCCUUGCUCUCUGAUAUGUGGAGUUUUUCUUUGAGUGAUCUUACCUGGACAGAAAUCUAUGCCACACCCUGGAAUGAUACGGGGUUACCAAGGGGAAGGAGUGAUGCUACCACAUGGGUCGGUAAAGAUAAUAAUCUCUAUAUGUUUGGUGGUAACAUUCUUAACCCUUUCACUCAUCGGAAAUUGAAAAGUGCUGGAUACACUUCCGAUCUAUAUUUUUCUUUUUUUUCCUUUCUUUUUUUUCCUUUCUUUUUUUUCCUUUCUUUUUUUUCCUUUCUUUUUUUUCCUUUCUUUUUUUUCCUUUCUUUUUUUUCCUUUCUUUUUUUUCUUUCUUUUUUUCCUUUCUUUUUUCCUUUCUUUUUUUUUCUUUUUUUUUUCUUUUUUUUUUCCUUUUUUUUUUUCCUUUUUUUUUCCUUUCUUUUUUCCUUUCUUUUUUUUUCUUUCUUUUUUUCCUUUCUUUUUUUUUCUUUCUUUUUUCUUUCUUUUUUCCUUUCUUUUUUUUUUCUUUCUUUUUUCCUUUUUUUUCCUUUCUUUUUUUUCCUUUCUUUUUUUUCCUUUCUUUUUUUUCCUUUCUUUUUUUUCCUUUCUUUUUUUUCCUUUCUUUUUUUUCCUUUCUUUUUUUUCCUUUCUUUUUUUUCCUUUCUUUUUUUUCCUUUCUUUUUUCCUUUCUUUUUUUUUUUUCCUUUCUUUUUUCCUUUCUUUUUUUUUUUUUUUUCUUUCUUUUUUUCCUUUCUUUUUUCCUUUCUUUUUUCCUUUCUUUUUUCCUUUCUUUUUUUCCUUUUUUUUCUUUUUUUUUUCCUUUCUUUUUUUUUCUUUUUUUUCCUUUCUUUUUUUCCUUUCUUUUUUCCUUUUUUUUUCCUUUCUUUUUUUCCUUUCUUUUUUCCUUUCUUUUUCCUUUCUUUUUUUCCUUUCUUUUUUCCUUUCUUUUUUCCUUUCUUUUUUUUUCCUUUCUUUUUUUUUUUCUUUUUUUCCUUUCUUUUUUCCUUUCUUUUUUUCUUUUUUCUUUUUUUUUUCCUUCUAUUGUUCUAA